GGUUACAGUCCCGGGGAGAAGGACUGCGCCUCCCUGCCGGCUCAAGUUGAUUACAAGUCUUUUCAGACUUUUCUUACUGGGGCCCUUCAUGCAGAAGAUUUGGCUGAGUCUUUUCAGCGGUUCUUUUCUCUCUUUGACAUCCAGGCCACCGGCGACUUGUCUGCAAAACAACUUUGCAAUAUCGCCGGCGACUUGUCUGCAAAACAACUUUGCAAUAUCGUGCAGAUGUAUGGAGACGAACCCUUGUCAAAGGAAGAGGCCACUAAGUUCACCGAGAUUGUGAUGGGGACAGAAAAAGUACUGCCUAUAAAUGUAGUUGUAGAUAGGAUAAUGGAGGGGCAGGUCUGA